GUUGCCCAACGUUUGAUUUUAAAUGAUGUUUUCUGUCGAAUUCUGUCUGAUGUUUCUUUUCGAGUGCUGUGAGAAUACGUAGUAAAUGUGAACUUUAAUUUGCGUCCAAACAGACGGCCGCUUGUGUUCAGCACGUGCAAAACAAAAGCGUCGCCAUUUCACCAAUCAGUCAGCCAAGCAGCUCCAUCUGUAACUCAGAAAGUGCGAGAACAGAUUUUUCGCCUCAUUUCAGGCGGAGCAAGAAAACCAAAACAAACUUGUUUGAGCACGAAUGUGUUUCCAGACGCCCUCGUAAACACCGUCAUAUCCGGUGCGUAGGGGAAAAGGGAAGCGUGCGGACUGUUGUUCCGGCAUGGAGCCCCAGAAAAGCGAUGAGCUUCAGCUUCCAGCCGAGGAAAUUCAGCUGUCACCCGCGGGCCGACGAUAAAGCCGGGCCCGAGUCCGCCAGACGUGGUCCUGAGGUUCUAGCGGGGCGAGUUUGAGGGAGGCUGUGGAGACGGAGACCCGGUGAAGUCGCAGGGAGGGAUGAGGAGUUUGUUUGGAGCCGUGUCCGGCGCUCUGCUCUCUGCCUGAGUCUCUAAUGAUGAGCUGGCCGAUUUUCGGUGCAAGAGUCCAGGAGCAGCCCGGGGCCUGUGGAAACGGCCUCGUGUCAUUGUGGCACGAACUUACGACUCUUUGUUGCUGUUUAACUUAACCCAGCUAGGUAAACUGACCGCUCUCCCAGCUGAAGCAGGGCGUCCGGGGUCAUCUCUGAGGACCACAAACACACAGCUUCAGACAUAACGAUGAAUUCAGUAAAGGGUGGGACAGUUACUUGGAGACCACAGCCAUGGCACGACGCUGACAGCGGAGGUGGGGAACCCCUCUCCGACAGCGACUCGGAGGAAGAGGAUUUCCCAGAUGACACUACUACACCCCUGGGAGAAUACAUUACUCAGGGGUUAAAACAACUACUUGAUGCCCAGCAGUUGUGUGAUGUCACUCUUUUAGUGGAAGGAAAGAGGUUCAUGUGCCACAGAGUCCUCUUGGCUGCUGUUAGCCCAUAUUUCCGUGCCAUGUUUACCAGCCCCCUUGUAGAGUCUCGACUCGCAGAGAUCCGACUGGAGGAAGUGACACCUUCAGUUAUGGAGACAGUCAUUCAUUUCAUCUACACAGGGGAAGCAGGGCUAAGUCUGGACACAGCAGAAGACUUGUUUGUGGCAGCCAAUCGUCUUCAGGUGAUGCCCUUGCAAGAUCUUUGCUCCAGGUUCCUUUUUGAGCAUUUAUCUGUGGAGAACUGUUUAGGAAUGUACUCUCUGGCCCGUUCACAUCAUGACCAGCUGCUGCUAAGGGCCUCUCUGAGGCUGGUGGCCCAGCAUUUCCCUCGAGUGGCCCGGCAACGGGAUUUCCUCCUACUGGACCCAGGCACUUUGGGCAGCCUGCUGGAGUCAGACCGGCUGGGCGUAGAAUCAGAGACUGAGGUUUACAAUGCAGCCCGGCGCUGGGCAGAGCAUCGGCCGGCUGAACGAUACACUCACAUGCCCAACCUGCUGCGGCAUUUACGCCCGGGUCUGCUGGCUCCCGAAGAGAGCCGGCGGCUCAACAAAGAGCUCGGACCAAGGGCCAGCACUGAGGGCAUGGGUGGCCCUCUGAGGCCCAGGGAGGGCAUGUUUGAGAAGAAGAUAGUUUGUGUGGACCUUAAGCCUAGGGAGGACGAGGCUUUGCGAGAGAGUGACUACACAGUUGAUUGCUUUGACCCACGCACCGGAAAGUGGGAGAAACUAUCAGCACUGGGCUCGUUGCUGUGCCCCGGUUGCACGGCCGUGGGGGGCCGACUAUUUGUGGCAGGUGGCAUCCUGCGGACUGGCCAGGUGUCGUCGUCAGUGCACGAGUACGAUGUAGUGCUCGAUCAGUGGAUCUCGCGGCCUCCGAUGGUGCAACCACGUGCUAUGUUCGGACUGCUGGGCUCAGGAAAUUCCCUUUAUGCUUUGGGCGGCUGCAACCGUUCCGCACUUCUUGACACGUGUGAAAUUUUUGACCUCUCCAAAUUGACUUGGAUUCCGGGUCCCCGUUUGCCAUUGCCACUGCGCUGCUUCGCUUGCGCUGCCCUGCGGGGGCGUCUGUACUUGCUCGGAGGUGCCACGCUGGAGCAGAACAGGGCCGUGGUACACGCUGGCGUGUUAAUCUACCACACAGUCACGAGGACCUGGAGUCGCGUCAGCCUGGACUCUGGAGCCACCUGCCUGGCUGGAGGAGUAGCAGUGCGGGGUGGUGUCUGCGCCGUGGGUGGCUACAUGCGCGACGCAGCCAAAUUUCUGGAUGGUAAUUAUACCCAAUUGGAACCACUUGACGCCACAGGGCGAGUGCUCUUUUUCCGAGAAGGACGGGGAACAGGGGCGGAACGGGAGAUACUUACCGUAACGGAGCGAGCAGGAGGCGGCGGUGGUAGCGACCGUGCCCCCAGCCCUGUCGUUUUUCCAGGCCUGCCACGACGCAUUGCUGCCGGAGGGGUCGCAAGAUGGAAACGGCGGAUAUACGUACUGGGCGGUGAGAACGGCUCAAGGUUUUACGACAGUGUGUACUGCUGGAAGCCUGGAUGGCGCAGUUGGGUCCAGAGACGUGAGAAACUGCCUGGAGAUACUGGAGGAGUAAGCCAGUUUGGAUGUACCACUUUAAAGUUCCCCAAAAAACACAUCUUGGCUCGCCUUAGGUCAGCCUUGGAGAAGCAGGGUAAGGAAAAGAGACUUAGCCGGAAGACAGAUGACAGAGAGAGGCGGACCAGAAGGGCAAAUCAGGACGUGUGAUUUUUAUUUAAGGAAUAAAUCUGGGAUCUGACAUUUAGACCUGUUUAUGUUGAGUUUUUACUUCAUGAUUCUGGUUGUUUUGGUGAACACAGUUUCUUUGUAGGAGGUGUAAUGUAGCUUUUUUUGUUUUUUGUUUUUUUUUUUAAAUCCCCUCAAAAACAAUACCACAUUGAUAGCUGUCACAUAUGUUCUUGUUUAGACUGAAUUUUUACAUCUCGUAGUUGAUGUUGGUUGUUUUGGUGGUUGCAGUUCCUUUUGAAUUUUUCUUUGGGUGUAGACCUGAAAUGUCUUGUAAGCAUCUUUCAUAUGAAGAAUCGAAUUAAUGAAGAUUGUUUUGUUUAAAAAAUAAAAGAAUUAAAUUUAAAAUUAUUUAAAAAAAAAUAUAAUAUAUAUAUAUAUAUAUAUAUAUAUAUAUAUAUAUAUAUAUAUAUAUAUAUAUAUAUGCACCUGUGGACUACAAAACAACCAGAAUGACACCAGCUUGUAAAAAUACCGUAAAACAGGUCUAAAUGUUCAAAUCCCACAUUCUUACUUUGAAAUGAGACUGAUUGCAUUAUGAAGUUCAGAUGAAUUGAUUGUUGGUUAUUUUUUUUGUUGAAGUUGCACCUAAAUUAACUUUGUCUAAAUAUCAUUUUGUAUUUUAAUUUAACCUUUAAUACACAGGGAGGUCCCACUGAGGUCAAUCGUGUUUCUGCAAAUUUAAAAUUUAACAAAGAAGCACGUUAAACAGAACAAAAGAAAAAAAACAAGAACUAAUAAAA